CACCGGCACCGCCACUCUCUCUCUCUCUCUCUCUCUCUCUCUCUCUCUCUCUCUCUCUCUCUCUCUCUCUCUCUCUCUCUCUCUCUCUCACGUGCACCUCCAGCUAGCUAGCUUCCAUUCCGAGCCUUCCAGCAAAGCUCGCUCAUUCACUCGAAACUUCGCCAGUCACCACUCACCACCGACCGAUCCGUCCACUCAAUAGUCAAUACUCCACCGCCGGCGAGCGGGCGGCGAUGGGGAGGAAGGGCGGCCUCGCCUCCAUCUUCUCCUCCAAGCCCAGGCCCGACGACUCGCCCUCCGCGCCGUGGCAGUGGCCCUCCUGCGCGGCCAGCCCGCAGACCGCCUCCUUCCGCCGCCGACACGACGACGACGAGCGGCCCUGCACCACGGCCGGUCGCCGCCGCUCCUCCGAGCACGCCGCCGGGAGGCUUCGGCCGCCGCGGAAGGCCGCGGCGGCGGCGGCGGCAGCGGUGGGCGGCGACGACAUGUACAAGACGGUCAACUCGGUCUACUUCGACGCCGCCGACUCCUGCAGCUUCUUCUUCGACGACGACGGCGGCGGAGACGGCGCGGGCGAGGGCGCGGCGGCGGAUGACCUGCUGGACCUGGACGACGGGAGCUUCUCCACGACCACCGCGUCGCAGGAGUGGUCGGAGGCCGUCAUCCGCAGCCUCGGACGGACCUCCACCGACCGAUUCUUCUUCGACGCGGGCCCCGCGGCGCCGGCGUCCAACUCCAUCCUCGCCGCCUCUCCGUCGCCGCCUCCGGGCAGGACGACGGCUCGGACAUUAGCGUCGCCGCCGCCCGAGGCGCCCACCAAGCUGCAGGCGCCGUCGUCCGCGGCGACACCCGUACUGUCCGACGACCCAGAUGCCGACUCCGACUCGGACGAGGAGCCGCCGUCGACGUCGCUCGUGGAGGAGAGCGUGGCGGUGGCGCUGGACUCGGAGGACCCGUUCCGCGACUUCCGCGCGUCCAUGGAGGAGAUGGUGGCCGCGCACGGGCUCCGCGACUGGGCGCAGCUCCAUGAGAUGCUGCUCUGGUACCUCCGGAUCAACGGCAAGCACAACCACGCGCUCAUCGUCGGCGCCUUCGUCGACCUGCUCGUCGGGCUCGCCACCAGCAGCGGCGCAUCCCACUCCCACGCCGCGGCAACGACAGCAACCACCACGACGGCGACUAUGACGACGACGACGACGACGACGUCGGCGUGCAGAACCAGCUCCAGCAGCUCAAGUGCUAGCAGCAGCGGCGGCGAUGUUACUACUGCUGCCGCUGCGACCAGCAAGCCCAUGCCCGAGCAAUGCGGCGGCGGGAGCGCCGGUGCGUCGUGCUCCUCCGCGUCGUCUGAUCUGGAAGAGGAGGACGAGAAGGCAAGUGCUAGCUCGGAUCAGCAAGGAGGCUGAUACAGGCAUCCAAUUUAGGUGUGGGAUGUGCUUCAAAUUAAUUCAGCAUUCCAUCUUGUAUUACGACUACAUUUUGUCAUUCCCCCCUGGUUAAACUUUUCGUUCUCUCUUUUUCUCCUUUGUUUAAGAGUAGUGCUGUAGUAGGUUGGAAAGAUCUAAUUGUAACGUCGUGACUGUGAGAGGCAGACGGUUGACAGUUGACACUUCAUUUUAGUGGUAGCUACCUCAAAGAACAUUGCACAUA